CCGGCUGGUGGACACGCCGCUGGCAGGACAACGUCUUUCUUCUGCGCUAUUUGUUUGAAGGACUCUACGACUGUUGUUUUUUUUUCUAUUCCCUACAUUUUUUUUUUUGCAAUAUUCUGACUGGAUAUUCAUUUCUUUUUAUAUCACGAACAUGGCGGACAGUAAAGUGGAAAGCAGCGGAGAACUGAGCGCCAAGGAGCUGAAGGAGAAGAAACAGACUGAAGAGACUGAGAACGGAGAGGAUGCUGCCGCCAACGGCAAAACUGACGAGGAGAAUGGAGAGCAGGAGAACGAGGUAGAGGAGGACGACGAGGACGUGGGGGAGGAGGAAGAGGAGGAGGAUGGAGAGGGUGAUGAGGAGGACGAUGAAGACGACGACCUUGAUGGGCCAACGGGGAAAAGAGCAGCUGAGGAUGAUGAUGAUGAAGAGGAUGAAGUUGAACCCAAGAAACAGAAGACAGAUAAGUAGAGCUCAGCAGCUCCCGCUCUGUCUGGAGGACGACACCAUCGAGAGACAGCCAGUUUUCCAGCAAACCUUCAACACCUCAGUCCUCCCUUCUUAACAAGAAUACUUUUAAAAACAGAAUUAGUUUGUAUUUUUAUUUACAUUUUAUAUUUUUGUAAAUAUUGUAAGGAGGUUGGCCAUUUUGCAACAAUGAUCUUUCUGGGUAUCAAGUGGUGCUUCGAGGACUUUUAGAUCCAGACUCAUCAUCAGCCGUCCACAUUCUGUAUGAGCCAACCAGAGGCAUCCAUCCCUUUACCAUCACCAAAAAAACAAACAAACAAACAAACAAAACAAACAAAAACAAAUUAAAAAAAAAAACACACACACACCCUGGCUUUUAUUACAUUAGGGUUCUUACAAGGUGUGUGUUGACUUGUAGUGGCAUGGGAGAGUUAGAGGGACUCAGCACUUCUCAGAGUGCUGAUUGUGUUUUACUGGUAGUUUGUAUGAGAUUCCAAGGCUGUAGUUUCUGCUGUCCAUCUGUCACUAUCCGUCUGUCUGUCUGUCUCCGUCUGUUUGUCUGUCUGUCAUGGCCAGAUGAUGUUAAUGUUCUUAUGUCUGUGCUAUUUUGUUGAACAAUAAACGAGUCAUUUGAUUUUG